AACAGUAGGACAGACUUAAAAACUGAGAGACGGAGUCUCACACACCUACGGAGAGAAAGAGAAACAGACAUACAGACAGACAGACAGACAGACAGACCGGCACACAGACAGACAGACAGACGGACAGGUGGUGUCAUGGCGUCGGUAGACAGCACUGGUUCGAGUAUCUCCAGUCGGCUGAGAUCAGGGGAUCUGCUUCAUGCUGGUCUGGCAGUUACACUGCUGCUGGGGGUAUGGUGUGUUGGUGGUUUGGAAGUCUCCACUGGAAAGGUCUCUUUCCUUAGAGCGAUGAAUGGCUCUACUGUCUUGCUUCCCUGUACCUACUCCUCAUGCAUUGGCAUCAAAAACCUCUAUUUCCGCUGGGACUAUAAUGACAAUGGAACUAUGAUCAAGCUGUGCGAUGCAGUGAUCCCCGUCGAGGGUAUUGAGCCCAAGGUCAACGUGGAACACAGUCGUGUAGAGUUUGUUGGCACCUCAAAGGGUAAUAACAUCUCCAUCCUGCUAUGGAACAUCACCUUUGACGAUGAGGGAGAGUACGUCUGCUUUGCCAGGAAUCCUAAAGAGAAGAACCGUAACCACAGUGCCAUCUACACUCUUAUAGUAGUGGACCAACUGAAGGAGGCUGACAACACUUUGACAGUCAUCAUUGUCUCUGUGCUGGGUGGCGUCAUUGGCUUGGUUAUCAUUGUCAUGGUGAUAAAGGCACUGGUUGUUCACUUCCUGCUAAAGGAUGAUGAAAAGAAUAAAGAGUGCCUGGUGAGCUCCUCAGGGAACGACAACACAGAAAAUGGACUUUCAGGGGCCAAAGCCGACAACAAAACCACACCAAAGGCAUGAACAAAACGAGUAUGUCUGUAUGUUUGCGUAUGUGUCAGAUAAAUGUAUACAUACAGAGAAAAUAUUGUUACCAAUGGACUGUUUUAUCUUACUAGUGGCUAAACUAAUAGAGCAUAUAAAAUGUAUAUUUUAAACCAUGCUUGAGAUUUGGAAGGUGUGAAACGUGUAGAGGCCCAAGAUCGCUCUCGCCCUACAUGGCAACUGCCGUGUAUUAUUCUGCAGCCUGCUUUAACAAACUCUGUUCUACUUUGAAUUUUAGGGAAAAAAAAAACAAAAACCUCUGACUCUACUUCUACAAUAGAGCCUCAAUAGUCUCCACCCCAUAAAAGUUUUAGAGUGGGAAUGUGAUGGUUUUUAACU